AUGGCCAUGUAUAAGUAAUUAUAAUAAUAUUUUAUCUACCAAAAUAAAAUUGGAGUCACUUUUGAAAAAUUUAAAAGAGGAAUCUCUCAUCCAUACCUUUUUAUUCGAGACUAAGGUAUUUAUUAAACAUUUAAUCUACGAAGCUUAUGCUGGAUAUGAUGGUGAAGAAUUAGAAAUUACUUAUUUGGUUAUGGUCAAAAUAUGAAU